GACCCACAAUUUAAAGUGCCAACGGCGCAUGAUUUGGUUUAUCUGGACGAGAGUCCCGAUUGGUGUCGCAACAGUCGACAGCUGCAGUGGCCAGGCACUCACGGCCGCAUCUGCAAUAAGACAUCCUCCGGUCUGGAUGGUUGCGGCAUUUUAUGUUGCGGUCGAGGCUACAACACCAAAAACAUUGUGGUACGCGAGCGAUGUAAUUGCAAAUUUCACUGGUGCUGCCAGGUCAAAUGUGAUGUCUGUGUGAAGGUGCUGGAAGAACACACCUGUAAAUAAGUAUCUACAUAAAUAAUUACGAAAAAAGUAAGAGAUUAUUACAUAAUAUCAAAAAAUAAUUAAUGAAUGAAAUGCAACUACUCAACAACACAUGGCGCUGACAAGAAAGCGAUAAAAACAUGCGGCGAUAAGAAAGAUAUUUAGUAGGGGGAAAAAGCAAAUAAUAAUACCUACUUAUUUACAAAUAUUGAAAAAGUUGCAGUGCUACUCACUCGCUCCCUCUCUACACUAGAUAAUCCUUACGUGCGGCUGCUGCAUGGCAAAAUUUCAUAUUAAACGACUUAACUACUCAAUUGCAUGCGUACAUAUGUACAUAAACAUAUAUGUAUAUCUAUCUGUAUAGUUAAGUAUGUAUGUAUGUAUGCAUGUAUAUGAAUAAUAUAAGAAACGAAAUGUUAAACGAAUAACUGUAAUUAACAGCGCAAUUAAGCUACCAAAUAAAAAAGUUGAAUGUAAAAGAAAACCUAUAAACCGAAUUGAUGUCUAAACAAUUUAUGAUUACAUAUAUAUAUAUAUUUAUGAAAACAAAAAUAUAGCUUUUAAGGGAAGAUAAAUGAAUAAGAUGAGCUGAAAUUUGAUACCCUCCGCGUAAUUGUAUGUAUGUAUGUAUGCAUGUAUGUAUAUUUUUAGGCGCGCAGGCAGCUCCCGAAAAGCUCCGCAUUGUAUGUAGAAACAAAAUUCCAUAAUUGUAAGAUGCAUUUACAUAUUUAAUGCUCAAAAGCAAAGAAAUGGUGGACACAUCAAUUUAUUUAUUUUCAAACGCUAGCAGCUUAAUUA